ACGACAUAGGUGAAGGAUAAAAAAAAAAAUAAAAGCCUAGUUAUUACGUAAUUAUCACUGUCCCGUCAUUGCUACAACUGAACGAUCUUAAAAAAAGAAGGUGGUGGACUUGAAUGGGGCGAUAGCAUUCAACGAAGAGAUUGAGAGAGAAAGAGAGAGAGGGAGAGGGAGUAUGUUCAGUAAGAGGCGAUUUGUAAAACAGUGCGAACGAUCGAAGAUGUCAUCGAUUUCAGCGAAACCGUCGUUCAGCGAAGUUACUGAUUGCGCUACACGAGAGAGCAACAUUUGGGAAAGCCUGUUAAGCUCACCACGCUACGUAAUCGCACCGAUGGUCGAUGCAAGCGAGUUAGCCUGGAGGUUAUUGAGUCGCCGACACGGAGCGCAGCUUUGUUACACGCCGAUGCUUCAUUCUUCGGUGUUCUGCAGGGAUCCGAAAUAUCGGCGAGAAGCCCUUGUUAGUACUGCCGAAGAUCGGCCGUUGAUCGUACAGUUUUGCGGCAACGAUCCAAACACGCUACUGGAGGCGGCACUCUUGGCAGAGCCGUAUUGCGACGCGAUAGAUAUAAACAUCGGUUGCCCCCAAGCGAUCGCGAAACGUGGUCGAUACGGUGCUUUCCUUCAAGAUGACUGGGAUUUGCUUCGACGAAUCGUAAGUACCUUGAGCAAGGGUCUUCGUGUGCCUGUUACUUGCAAGCUACGCGUAUUCGCGGAGAUCGAGAAAACUGUAGAGUACGCUCGAAUGCUCGAGACCGCUGGAGCACGGUUACUCACCGUGCAUGGACGAACCCGGGAACAGAAGGGCCCGUUGACCGGUGUGGCAUCUUGGGAUCAUAUCAAAGCCGUUAGACAGGCCGUCGCGAUUCCAGUAUUUGCCAACGGCAACAUACAGUGUUUGCAAGACGUUGAAAGGUGCAUAGAAGAAACCGGUGUUCACGGUGUAAUGUCUGCGGAAGGAAAUCUGUAUAAUCCGUAUAUAUUCGAGGCCCAGUAUCCACCUUGUUGGGAACCAGCGUUAGAAUAUUUAGAUUUGGUUGAACGUUAUCCCGCACCGGCCUCUUACAUCCGUGGCCACCUCUUUAAAUUGUUUCAACAUACACUUUGUUUAGCAGAAAAUAAAGAAGAGAGGGAAAACUUGGCCAGAAACUCUACCAUGGAAUCUUUCAAAAGUGUCGUAUACGCUCUCAGGAAUCGAUACAUACCAUAUCACGAAGGACGUUUAACAUGGCAUCAAGGGACAUCUGAUUAUAACUUAAAAUUACCACCAUGGCUGUGUCAGCCGUAUGUACGUCACCCUCCGGAAGAGCAUGUGCAAAGGCUAGAAAUGGACAAAAUCGAAACGCAAAAUGAAACGGUAAAAAGGAAAUUCAGAGAUGAAGAAGGAAACGAAAUAUCACGGAAACGCUUGAAGAAGCUUAGACGGAUAGCGCGUCGUCCAAACAGACCAGCCGCCCUCGUCAAACGAGGAUCCGAUUUGUGUCGCGAUUGUCCAAAUCCAGUGGGUCUCAAAUGUGUUCACAAGUUAUGCCGACAAUGCUGCAGAAAUAAGUGUUUCACGGAAAACCUAGAUUGCAUCGGACACAGAAAUUUAACUAAAACUAGAAGACAAAUGGCGAUAGAAUUUGCUGCGAAACGAAAAACUAUCCAAGAUACGAUAUGAUCCAAAUGUUCGAUAUUCUAAAUUAUAAAUAAAAGUUAAAUAAAUAUAUA